CUGACAGCUCUGCUGUAGAACUGUGUAAAUCAAGAUGGCAGGUCUGUCUUUGUAUUUCGAAGAUGGUCAUGAUGAUAUAGAUGACUUUGGCUUUGAUGACUAUGGUUCUGAAUGUGAAGGUAUUCGAAUCACAGCUUUCCUGGACGCAGGGCAGGACAACCUAACUCCCUUGGGCCGGCUAGAAAAAUACGCCUUCAGUGAGAAUAUAUUCAAUAGACAAAUUGUGGCACGUGGGUUAAUAGAUGUGCUACGAGAGUUCAGUGAUAAUGAGAAUGAUUUCAUCAGUAUAAUGGAGACUGUAGCCAGGAUGUCUGAGGAUGCCGAACCUACAGUGCGAGCCGAACUUAUGGAACAAGUACCAAACAUUGCCAUGUUCCUUCAUGAGAGUCGGCCUAAUUUUCCAGUAGCGUUCUCACGAUACUUGGUGCCCAUUGUGGUACGUUAUCUCACGGACCCCAAUAACCAGGUGCGUAAGACAAGUCAGGCAGCUCUGCUUGUGCUGCUGGAACAGGGUCUAAUAUGUAAAACUGACAUGGAAGGAAAAGUCUGUCCUGUGCUUUUGGAGCUCACUGAACCCAACAGCGACGACGACUAUAAGAUUGAGGCUCUUGCGAUCAUGUGCAAGCUGAUAACCAUGCUAGGUAAAGACACAGUGGAGCACCGGCUGUUACUGCGCUACUGUGAACUCUGCAGUGAUAGCAGGCUUUUCCAAGUCCGCAAGGUUUGUGCAGUAAAUUUUGGUGAGUUCUGUUCGAUUGUUGGCCAAGAAGCCACAGAGAAACUACUGUUGCCGAAGUUUUAUGACCUAUGUUCAGACAGCCUGUGGGGCAUUCGUAAAGCCUGUGCUGAGUGCUUCAUGGUAGUUUCACACUGUACAUCUGCAGUGGUGCGGCGCUCUAAAUUGUCUCCCUUGUUCAUCAACCUCAUCAGUGAUCAGUCCCGUUGGGUCCGCCAGGCUGCAUUUCAGUCUCUUGGUCGAUUUAUCUCUACAUUUGCCACUCCAUCUGGCACUGGUUUCCACUUCCAUGAGGACGGAACACUGCGUGAGAUCCGAACAUUGUCAACAGACAGUAACAAGCAGCAAGCAUCCAGUAGUAGCUUAAGUAUCUGCUUUCCUGAGAGUCCCCCUCAUCUAGACCUAACUGAGCAAUGCUCAGAGAAAGUCCUUUCAGCAUCUCAAACCCCAGAGGACACCUACUACCCCCCAGCUCAGUCCUUAAAUAAACCCCCAGCAGAGGGUAUAAUUUUAGUUCGGUCUGAGUGCUCAACCCCCACCUUCAACCAGCAGACAGAUGAUAUGUAUAACUCUUUUCACUACUGGAGACCAGUGUUGCCUGACAUCAGCCAGGAUUUGGAGCUACUACAAAGUGAGGGAAAAGAUGAGGAAACAGGAAAAGAAAUGUUGAAGGGGGAAGAAGAAGUUCCAAAUUUAAAUCCUAAGGACCCAGCCAUGAGCUGUCAGAUCCAAAAAGUACUGGAAAGCCUCCAGCCUCAUCUUGAUGAUCCUGAUGUACAAGCUCAAGUGCAAGUGUUGUCAGCUGCACUGAAAGCGGCUCAGCUAGAGAGUCAAGAAAAUGAUGGGGAUCAGGUUGUCUCAGUUUUGGGAAAUGAAGGGAUCACACACAAGCCUCCAGAGAUGGAUGCCCACUUCUUAAACACUCCACCUACCUCACCAGGAUCAAGCGUUCUGGAUUUGGAGCUGAUAGAGAAUGUGGAGGAAGGGAAGGAAUCUGAUAUUAACAGGAGUUAUGAAGAGGAGAAGUCUAAAGUUCAGAAUGUGGUUCCUCAGCAGUUGUUGGAUCAGUACUUGUCCAUGACAGAUCCAGCCAGAGCUCAGACAGUAGACACUGAAAUAGCCAGACACUGUGCAUUUAGCCUGCCAGGUGUGGCCCUGACGCUGGGCAGACAGAACUGGCAUUGCCUCAAAGACACUUAUGAAACCCUCGCAACUGAUGUACAGUGGAAAGUCCGUCGGACCCUGGCAUUCUCGAUCCAUGAGCUGGCAGUGAUUCUUGGGGAUCAGCUGACAGCAGCUGACCUUGUGCCCAUCUUCAAUGGCUUUCUUAAAGACCUAGACGAAGUGCGAAUUGGAGUUCUGAAACACCUAUAUGACUUUCUGAAGCUUCUCCAUGCUGAUAAGCGCCGGGAAUAUCUUUAUCAACUGCAGGAGUUUAUGGUGACAGACAACAGCCGAAACUGGAGGUUCCGCUUUGAGUUAGCUGAGUACAUAUCAUUUAUUCGUUUAUUCACUCAGGCAUUGCUGAUUCAUUUUCUUGUUUCUUCCUGCUUAGUCUUUUUGUAUCAUUGCAUCUGCCAUGUUUUUCUAGAUUUAUAUAUUGAUCGUGUGUGUGUCUACAGGCAGUUGAUCCUGAUUAUUGAACUGUACAGCCACCAUGAUGUGUACAACUAUCUCAGACAAAUAGCACUCGACCUCUGUUCAGACAAAGUUUCAGAAGUACGGUGGAUUUCCUACAAAUUAGUGGUGGAGAUCUUGCAAAAGUUAUACUCUUGUGGAGCUCAUGACCUUAGUCUGAACUUCAUUAAUGAGCUGGUUGUGAGGUUUUGCCACUGUCCUAAAUGGGUAGGACGACAAGCAUUUGCCUUCAUAUGCCAGGCAGUUGUAGAAGAGGACUGCAUGCCUAUGGAUCAGUUUGCUCAGCACCUUCUUCCCUGCCUGCUCAGUCUGUCUUCUGAUCCUGUCCCCAAUGUACGGGUACUGGUCGCCAAGGCAUUACGCCAGAGUGUACUGGAAAAAUCUUACUUUAAGGAGCCAGGCGGUGCUUACACUGAUGAGCUGGAGGAGGCUCUGUCUGAGCUGAGAAUGGAUAAAGACAGAGAUGUGCGCUUCUUUGCCACACUGGACCCCAAGAGGGAUGUCAUUUGCACUGCAGCACUCAUCUAGAUCAUCUAGAGUCCAGCAGUGUCUAUGCGCCUAAAAUAAACACCAGCAUGGACCACUUUCAGCAGACCCACACAAAUAAGUGUUUACAGUUGGGCACCAGUCAUCUGUAAUAACACACACACACAAGCAUUCCCUCUCUUCCUUCCCUUUUGAUUGUCUCUCUCUCAGUUUGAAAUGAAUAGUCAUUGGAUUUACAAGCUUUAUUAUGUCUGAGUGUCUGAGUGUCUGUGUGUGUGUGUGUGUGUGUGUGUGUGUGUGUGUGUGUGUGUGUGUGUGUGUGUGUGUGUGUGUGUGAGAGAGAGAAAGACAGAGAGAGAGACAGAGGGUGUAUAUAAGACAUACCUCACAAUCAUUGUGAUUGAGCAUCCUUCCACAUGGUACAAAUCUUCAAGCUACCUCUCCAAAGCUAACUAUAUUUGUGAUGAUUGUUUUUACUCUCUUCCUUUUGCAUGGAUUUUCUACAGGUGUGAGUACUGCCUGGUUCAGGGGAGCUCUGAUCUUGAACCCAGAUUUUUAAAAGGCAUUAGGAUGAGCCUUGGUGAUAUACCAGUAUUGUUUUUACAUCUAUCAUAUGUGUGCAAUUAUCUCACAGGGUUUUACAAAGAGAAACAUUUUUUAGACCACUGCAGCUCAGGAACUCAAACAACAUUUUUACUUGUUUUGUUUUAUGUAUGUCUGUGUAAAAGGAUAUGAACUGCAUUUGUGAACGUAGCAGUAAAUUAUAUAAUUCUGUCUUUGUGUUAUGUGAUUGUGGCCAGAGUUCUAAGAAAGGGUGGGAUGGGGAGGGACAUUCUCACACUAACCAGUUUCAGUUUUAAAAAGAAAUCUGUACUCAGCAUGUAUAUAGUCAGAACCUUCUAAAACUCCUGUUGAGUCUUGGGUUGUUUAAAUCUGGCAAGAAAAUUUAGUGCCCAGUUAAGCAUUAAUGGUGCUUUAGCUGUUUCGGAAAAUAGGGGAUGCAGGAGCAAGUGUUUGGCUGUUAUGUCUGAACAAUGGAAUUAAAAAGUACACUUAAUGGUGGAUUUGCAUAAAGUCUGUACUUGGUAUGCUUAGUUCUCUUAUUUACUGAAUAAUGACUAAAUAAUGGCUUCAUAGAUUUUAUUCAGGGUCAUUCAUUUUGAGAUAAAUUUGUUGCACUGACCUUAUUGGCAAAGUUGUUUAUCUGUUGCUCUUGGACCAUUUAUCUUUUUCAGCUGAGUGUUAAAGGUUAAAACAUGAGUAGAGGAUUCUUGAUCUAGAGCAGAACUUGGCAAGAGCUUUUGAUCCAAUAACAUUAGAGCUCUCCUUAGGAAAUCAAUGACAGCAUAUAAACUUUGUUCAAAGCUGCAUUUAACUUCUAAGAUGACCUAAACUACAUUGAAAUUCUAAGCUGACAUAAACUACAUUUUGUGGUUCUGUCCCUCUCAAUGUUUGGGGUAUGAACUGGAAUGAAGCCAAGCGACUUGACUUUAAGUUUCUGACAUAUACAAUACUUAUUAUUGGAAACCAAGGCUAGUCUGUGGAGUUUUUAACUGUGGAUAUAUAAUGGAAGAUAUCACCAAGUCAUCUUUUUUUCUGACAUGCCUUUGUUUUUCUUUUUCACUAUGAGUGUUUUGCCAUUGUUUUUGUUUUAAUGGUGGACCAUGCUGACCAAGAGGCAGUUUAUUCAAAUAAACAUUCGGUGCAGUUUAAUACUGUAUGUACUAGCUAGAACUGAGGCAUUGAUGUCAGCUAAGCCAUUGUUUCUUAUUUUAGAUUUUAUAACCUACAUUUUGAGGUAACAACCUUUGGAAUGUCUCUUUCAUAAGGAGUUGUAUGUAUUGUUAUUUUUAGUAUUCUAAAUAAAAUUCUAAUAUAAGCAA